UUACUGUAUAUAUAAUAUUGAUUGCCAUGCAACAUAUAUACUUACAAAUCAUUAUUCUUAUUAUUAGCAAAAAGAAUUCAGAGAAUAUAUACUAUGCAAAAACUAUAUGAUCAUCAGUACAACGAUAGCGAUAUUAUGGCCAUGGCAGCUGUUUCAUUAGAAGCUAUGGCAAUGGCUGAUUUAAACCAUCACCAUUUCGAUAUGGAUUUCGAAGAAUGGGAGCGAAGGGAGUUAGAUCAGUCACCUCCAGCGCAUUUAUUAGCCGAUGAUGAUGAAGAGGAAGAAGAAGAAAAAGAAGAAGAAAAGGACGAUAAUAUAUCACCAUCGAGACGUGAAGAAGAUGAAGAUAUACGAUCAUUGGAGCCAGAGAGCAGAGUACUGUCUUUCGAUAAUAUGAAGAGGCUCUUAAUAGUUUGGGUUAAUAAACUGCUGUGUUGGCGGAAUAAUUUAAGGUUAUUCCUCUGAUCAAGCACGCAUGCGAGAAGAGAAGAUCCACCAAAUUGACAAAUACUUCCACGCGCGGCGAGAAAAAUCCGAUCGCUUCAGAGUUCAGAUGAUUAAUCUAGCAAUAAUUGACAUUAUUUUUUGUGCAUACUUUGAAGUGUCUUUUGUACACCCACCAAAUUUAAUAUUUUAAUUCAUUAAUUGUUACAGAGUAUA